UGGAUCGAUUCAUUUUGUCUGGAUCCGGUGCGCGCCUCCUCUCACGGAAUGAGAAACACUCCGAUAAUAAAUAAAAAAACGAACCACGUUAAUGUUCUCAGUUGUUUUUUAAAUCUACAAACCCCGGCAACGUCGACCGUUUACAGUGAUUAGCUGGUCGGUUACCUUAGCUAACUCUUUUAGCUAGCAGAUUGAUCAGUUACUAGCUAACAGGUUCGAGUUUAGGUUAGCUUAACGGAAAACUAAACGCACAGGCCGUUGGAUUCUUGGUGGCUGCAAACUGAAGCAGACAUGCAGGAGAUACUGGCCAACGUGGACCAUAUCAAGUUUGAUGUGGAGUUUGCUGUGGAGCAGCAGCUAGGAGCACAGCCUCUGCCUUUCCCUGGCAUGGAUAAGUCCGGGUCAGCUGUUUGUGAGUUCUUCAUGAGAGGAGCUUGUAUGAAAGGCGGGAUGUGUCCGUUCCGUCACAUCAGCGGAGAGAAGACAGUGGUGUGUAAACACUGGCUCAGAGGGCUGUGCAAGAAGGGAGACCAGUGCGAGUUUCUCCACGAAUACGACAUGACCAAGAUGCCUGAAUGCUACUUCUACUCAAAAUUUGGGGAGUGUAGCAACAAGGAAUGUCCCUUCCUGCACAUCGAUCCAGAGUCAAAGAUCAAAGACUGUCCGUGGUAUGACCGAGGCUUCUGUAAACAUGGUCCUGACUGCAGACACCGACACACAAGAAGGGUCAUCUGUGUGAAUUACCUGGUGGGCUUCUGUCCUGAAGGAAAAUCCUGUAAAUUUAUGCACCCUCGGUUUGAGCUGCCAAUGGGAACCUCUGAACAGCCUCCUCUGCCACAGCAAGCACAGAACCAGAUCAAGGCUGUGUCUACUGUCAAUCGCUCAUCACACUCUCUCAUCCAGCUGACCAACAUCAGCCCGGUCCAGCGGCCACAGAAUAACAUAAACUCUGCUAUUCAGCAGAACAACAUGACCGUCAACAGAGGGCCUCGACCUCUGGACCAGGUCACCUGCUACAAGUGUGGAGAGAAGGGCCACUAUGCCAACAAAUGUAAUAAGGGUCACCUUGCCUUCCUGAGCGGACAAUAGCCUUCAGCCUCAAGGUCUAAACACCAAUAAGGUUACAGCAGCUGAAGACAGGAGGCCUCUGUUCUCCACAGCCCUAAGACCUCCAGCUUCCUACCAUGGAGGUGCACCACGCAGAAAAACGGACAGCGUGAACGGAAAACCAAACUACUCCCGUUUACUGCCGCGUGGUAAAAUGUGAACACCUAAGAAUGACUUAAGGACAGAAAAGAGUUGUUGCAGAAGAUGAGAGGGCUGACGUGGAAGAAUUAGCUUUUCUUCCUGUACUGGACAAACAACUUGUAAAACAGAGGAAUAAAACAAAUGCAGAUGGUCUUGUUAACAGCAUCCUUAUGAGAGCAUUGCCGUCACUUUAUCACUGUACAUCUCAGGCCAUGUGACAGCACCAACAUUCUGCUGCAAAGUGACAUGUUCAAUAGUAGCAGAGAGACGUCAGAGGCAACCUGAAGCUUUCUGUGGAGGUAUCUGUAUGAAGUCUCGGCAGGACGGAUCAGCCGGGGUUCUUUUGUUCACAGCCAACCCAUGGAGUCUGGAUUUAUUGUCUGAACCAAUAAAUGGCUUUUUUUUGGUCAAA